CAAAGUCCAUGGCGUGGCGUCUCGGGCGCGCAGAAACUGCGGUUACAGAGAGUCCUGGGGCUGGAAUACGACGGCAGACGCGCGUAAUCACCCCCAACGCUGCCCCACAGUGUUGGGUUCGCAUCCAUAUAAGCGCUGAGGCGCGACGAGUCCCCCAUCCUUCCUCCGCCAGCUUCUUCUCCCUCCCAACGUCGCCAUGUCCGACGUCGGCGUUGAAAUGCGCGUCACGGACGAGCAGUCGUCCGACCUGAACAUACCGGACAACUACGUCCAGCACACGCUCAAGACGACGAAGGCCCUCCCGCCCAUCACCUGGGCGAACCUGCUCCAGAACAUCAACUGGAUCAGCUUUAUGCUGCUGACGGCGACCCCGAUCAUCGGCGCCUGGGGCGCGUUGACGACGAACUUGCGCUGGGAGACGGCGGCGUUUGCGGUCCUUUGGUACUUUGCGACCGGCUUGGGGAUCACGGCCGGGUAUCAUCGUCUGUGGUCUCACCGCGCGUACAAUGCAUCUAUUCCACUGCAGUACGCACUUGCUCUUGCGGGUGCAGGCGCGGCCGAGGGUAGCAUCAAGUGGUGGAGCCGUAGUCAUCGCGCCCACCAUCGCUACACCGAUACCGAACUCGACCCGUACAACCCUCACAAGGGCUUUUUCUACUCGCACAUUGGCUGGAUGCUGGUCAAGCCUCGCCGCCGUAUGGGUGUCGCGGACGUCUCUGACCUCUCCAGGAAUCCCGUCGUGCGCUUCCAGCACGCGCACUACGUCAAGCUCAUGGUCUUCAUGGCCUUCAUCUUCCCCACCCUUGUCGCCUGGCUCGGCUGGGGCGACGCGCGCGGCGGCUACAUCUACGCCGGUGUCAUCCGCCUCUGCUUCGUGCACCACUCGACCUUCUGUGUGAACUCGCUCGCGCACUGGCUGGGCGAGACGCCGUUCGACGACAAGCACACGCCGCGCGACCACUUCGUGACCGCGCUCGCGACGAUUGGCGAGGGGUACCACAACUUCCACCACCAGUUCCCGAUGGACUACCGGAAUGCGAUCAAGUGGUACCAGUACGACCCGACGAAGUGGUUCAUCGCGACGUGCCGCUCGAUCGGCCUCGCCAGCCACCUCAAGGUGUUCCCCGACAACGAGGUCCGCAAGGGCCAGCUCACCAUGCAGCUCAAGCGCCUGCGCGAGACCCAGGAGCGUCUGACGUGGCCGUCGGACAGCAACGACUUGCCGGUUAUCACAUGGGAGAGCUUCCAGGAGCAGGCCGCGAGCCGCCCGCUCAUCCUCAUCGCCGGCUUCAUCCACGACGUUUCGACCUUCAUCGACGAGCACCCUGGCGGUCCGCACCUCAUCGUCAAGUUCAUCGGCAAGGAUGCGACGACCGCGUUCUUCGGCGGCGUCUACGACCACUCGAACGCGGCGCACAACCUACUCGGGAUGAAGCGCGUUGGUGUCCUCCACGGUGGUGCCCCGCAUAUUCUUGACCUUGCUGAUGAGAAGAAGAUUCCUCCCUCGCAGCGCUUGAAGAUCGCUCGUUAUAGCGAGCUGAGCUCCAGCGGCUCCAGCUCAGAGGCGGGCUUCUAGAUGUCUUGAUCAUUGGCUGUCAGUCGUUGGAUAAGUGGGCAAGCUGGAUACUAGUAGCCUCUAUGAGAAGGCUGAGGCCUGCACUGGGAGUGGAUCGCACUGUGUCGGCGAUAAACUGCGAAGCGCACGUAGAAGGGGCCUGAUAGGCGCCACAACACAGGACAGUGUACGCAUAUGCAUUACGAAUCUUUCUUCGCUCAGAGCGAGAUUUCAACACGGAUUUCAAGCUCCCUAAUAGUGAGUACAUUACACAUAGCGCAAGCGUACAUUAAAUAAGUAGGUCGUCUCAUGAAGACGACGUCCCGUCCCAUCCCAAGCAAGUGCACCCCAAGGAGAAUCACAAGGACUACUUAUUCUACAUCAUUAUAAGUUAUCUACACGAGCAUUCCCGCGAUCCCAGCGGUCUGCAACGUCGAGAUGAAGCCACAGAUCAUCGCCGACACCGCCGUGCGCGCGAUGAUGCCGCUCCGACUCGGCGCCAUCGCGCCCAGGACACCGAUCUGGAUGCCCAGGGAGCCCAGGUUGGCGAAGCCGCAGAGGGAGU